GCUGUCAAAUUAAAGGAUGGGCUGUUUGUUGGUGACGAACUUGCGGCCCAAGAUUUGGAGUUCGUCGUCGCCAACAAGGUGACACGAAUCAUCAAUUGUGCCGGGCGGCAGGUUCCAAAUCACUGGGAAAGCAUCGGGGUCGCGUACCUUACUUAUUAUUGGAUCGAUGCUGACAGCCAAGUCAUCCUCGAUCAGCGUGACGUUGUAGCUAAUGAAACCUUCAGCUUCGUUGAGCAGGCCUUGGAGGCCGCUGAAAGUGUGCUGAUCCAUUCUGUCCGUGGUCAGUCAAGAUCGUGCUGCAUCUUGGCAGCGUACAUGAUGAAGAAGUACUCCUGGGGACUUCGGAAAACUAUGGAGUUUCUAAGCUCUCGACGUCCAGAUUUGGAGCUCAAGCCUGCGUUUCUUCAGCAGCUCUUGGGCUUCGAGAGGCGCUUGAUGAGCCAAGCCAAAACAGUUUUCAGUGCGGACUGGAACGACGGCUGCAACACAAAUAGGUGGGAAUGCGAGGAGCUUUUGCUCCGCAACACCUACAUCAACAGCCAGAUGGGCCCGCUUGCAGAAAUACAGUUAGAGGCUCCCGGCCACCACAUGAAGUCACAAAGGCUUGUGUGGAUGGACGCCGGCAUGGAUGACAGGCUGCGCUUGGAGAAGCCACCAGGCGCAGACCGAAUCAACCUGCAGGCGUGCAAGCGCGACCAGCCGGGCGCUGAGCUUCAGCUGGUCUCACCGUUCCCAGUGCGACUGAAGGAACGGGCAGCCGGUGCUCACCUGCAUCCUGAAGCGGCGCUUGCCCAACGGUGCCCAGGACGGGUCCUGUGCCCUGGCGGGCAUAGUAGCCCAAAAACGCGGCACGGUGCAGGAGCAGAAGAACGGCUGGACUCAGCCACAGGCAGGGCGGAAUCGAGAGAGAGCGGAGCUUGCCUUUGCAAAAAGACCGCUUCGUCAAAUUCUUGA